CUUGCCAACAAGUAUCCUAGUAGCUGUUGGGAUUUCUUUAGCAGUAGUACUCCCUGUACCUACAAGUCUGGUCUAAGCUGGUAUGUCCCAGAAGACCCUGAGGCUCAAGGUAUUGAUUGUGAGGCUUGCCCAGUUCACUGUCAUCUUAUUAUGCCUACUUGGCUCUUGAUGGGACAGUGUAUCUAUAAUGGCCUUAACUCUAUAGCUGUGGAAUAAACAUCAAUCAAUCCUGUCACCAAUAUUGAAGUAGGAGAUACAUCACCAUCCUGGUUACUGAUUCUUUCUAUGUAUAGGAAACCUGACUCUGUCAUCUGUGAUUGCACUAUCACAACUGCAUUUAUGGUCUAGAAGAUCCUUACUGAAGCUGGCUUCCCAGCCAUUGAGGUGGUCUUUAUCGAGUCUAUAGUUACUUGUUCUAUUGCUGGUAGCCCCAAACUCCUCUUAUUUAAUUUCUUACAUGACCCAGUACCUGACAUGCUAAAGCCCUUGGUAGCUACUCUUAGUCUCUCUAUUGCACCCCUUAAGUACUCCAACUUUGAGGGUACAGCUGCUCUGUACUUCUGUCUUGGGAAAGAUACCAACUGUGUCUCUCUUUUAACCUGCAUAUAUGUCAUUCAUCUUCCUCCUAUCUAUUCUAAUACACAAAUGACUGAUAAGAAUACGAGUCAGCCAUGUGAGGAAAUUGUUGUGCUUGAUAAUAUGGGCUACAGGAAUGCUAUCAUGGCUAUGAUGGUAACUAUUGGUAACCAUCUGAAAUCUAUUGAAAUCUGGAACACCACACUUGACAUGAUAGGGGAGUCUGUUAGCAUGGAGAACAGCAAGGUCACGGGAAGAUGCAAGACGUAAAUGGAGUUGGUAGCAGAGCUGAAUGAGAAGAUUCAGGAGGUGAAUGCACUCCAUGAUAAGGUUACUAAGCAUUGUACCACUACUAAGGACCAUGUUACUUGCUUCAUACAGAGAAGAUUAAGGCCUUGGCUGAACAAUACAGGUUUACCAAUGACGGGGCUCUGAUUAAGCUACAUAAUAAGAAGAUUAAUAGCUCAAUAUUUAUGAGUAACAAGAUUUAUAUUAGUAUAUCUUUUUACAUACCUGUGUCUUUAUUUUAUCUCUAUCUCUAGUGUUCUUUAUUUCUUAUUCCCCAUCACAUGUCUUGUCUUCAGUUUUAGUUGACUAUGAGGAUUGUUUCCUGGAUUGGUGGUAAACUUUCCAUAUCAGAAUUUUGAAAUACUAUGUUUCCACAGGUGGUUGAUCAAGCUAACUCUUAGUACCCUGAAGAUGGUCUUCUUUAGGACUAUGGUGUCAUCUCAGACAAGGAGAUCCAUGACCUCCAAUGGCCUAACAUCAACAAUGAGAGAUGCUUACUUGUUAUACAGAAUGAGUUAACUAUGGGAACUACUGUUGGCUGUGGCAAUGGUCUUGAGUCCUUUACCUGCACCUUUGAUAUGUGUGAAAUCAAGCAUACAUCCCACAAGAUUGUGGUCUUGUCUUAUAACAAGAAACUUGGCAGGUUUCCAGCUGCUGGUGACUCGGGGUCCAUCCUUCUUGGAAGGUAUAGUUGCAUUGUUGGACUCCUUUCUGAUCACUCUGGCCUUUCUGAAGAGACUGAUAUCAUGUACGUCAUCCCA